UUUAACUCUCGGACGCCAUGUGUCGUGCUUCCACGAGCCCGCUUUUAAUACGGAAACGAGGACGCUAAAACUAAUACUGUGUCACCGCUGUCAUGCUUAACCGCCGUUGACCGGUCAGAAGUGCAUCAACGCAAGUAGCGUUAGCUAACCUCAUUAGCCUGCUAAUUGUCUCCGAGCUGAACAAAAACCUCGCAGACGGCGCUUCAAUGGCGUCCUGCACAACAACAAUCCCGACCUGCCGUCUCAACAAUGACCUGUGGAGAUCCUCCAGCACCGACUGAACAAUGGCGAGGUUCAGGCGCAAAACUUGCAUCGCGCUGGUUGUCUUGGUGUUGCUUGUGCUCACGCUCACGGUAGUGUUGAAGGCGCUGACGCCGGAGGACUCUCCGUUCAUCAGCCCCGUCGGCGUGCAGCUGUUACCGGACAAAAAAAAUCGCAGUCCGAUAAACGAAGAACACGACGAUACACCUGACCGGUCCAAAAUGGGCGAGUCGGACCGGUCAGACAAACUGCAGGGGGCGCUGAGGAAGUUCCCGCCUCCAAACUACUAUCUCCAUGCGUUCUACUACGUCUGGUAUGGGAACCCCAAGUUUGACGGCAAGUACAUCCACUGGAACCACCCGCAGCUGCCGCACUGGGACUUGAAGGUGGCUCAAGGGUAUCCGCAAGGCAGACACAUCCCACCUGAUGACAUCGGGGCCAAUUUCUACCCCUCUUUGGGGGCCUACAGCUCCAGGGAUCCCUCCGUCAUAGAGUCUCAUAUGCAGCAGCUGCGCACAGCAGCCAUUGGUGUCCUUGGUGUUUCAUGGUAUCCUCCUAAUAUGAAUGACGAUAACGGUGAGCCAGUGGAUGACAUUGUGCCUUUGCUGUUGGAAGUGGCUCAUAAGUACCACAUUAAGGUGGCGUUUCACAUUGAACCGUACAAAGACCGAGAUGAAGUCAGCAUGUUCGCUAAUGUCAAGUACAUCAUUGAUAAAUACGGGGAGCACCCUGCCUUCUUCAAGUACCGGACCAACGCCGGCAAGCUUCUUCCCCUCUUCUAUGUGUACGACUCCUACCUGAUCAACUCGGAGCAGUGGGCCAAGCUGCUCAAGCACACGGAGAGCAACAGCAUCAGGAAUACCCCGUACGACGCCAUCUUCAUCGCCCUGCUGGUCGAGGAGAAACAUAAGAGGGAUAUCCUGACGGCCGGUUUCGAUGGUCUCUACACCUACUUUGCCACCAAUGGGUUUUCUUAUGGGUCCACUCAGAGGAACUGGGAGUCCAUUAAAGCUUUUUGUGAAGACAACAACCUGAUCUUCAUCCCAAGUGUGGGCCCCGGGUAUAUCGACACGAGCAUUCGGCCCUGGAACUUCCAAAACACUCGAAACCGCAUCAACGGCAAAUACUACGAAACCUCGCUGAGUGCUGCGUUGCAAGCCAGGCCUGAUUUCAUCUCUAUCACGUCUUUUAAUGAAUGGCACGAGGGGUCCCAGAUUGAAAUGGCGGUUCCAAAAACAGGCCAGACUGUGUAUCUGGACUACCUGCCCAAUAAACCUGCAAUCUACCUGGAGAUAACUCGCAAAUGGGCAUCGAUUUUUGGUGGCGAGCGACAUAAAUGGCAGGAUUGAGCCAUAGCAAAUGUUUGUUCAUGGUUGUAUUAAAUGAUUACAUGAAAACCAUAUGAAGUUCUAGCUGCAGAAUAUGCAACAAAAUGCAAAUGCUGGAACAUUUUCUGAGCCAACUGAUUUUUACAGCCACAGGCAACUAAAUGAUCUUCGUUCUGGCUGCAAUAAUUUAUGUGAUUUCUUUGCACUUGGGUAAAUAUUUGUUAAUUUAACUGAUGUCUUAUUACUUGUUUUCACAUCCUUGCUCCUUUUUGUUUUGUAAGGUAGUCAGCAUGUUUUAUCACCCACAAAAGUAUCCAACUAAAGCUGUUCAAAUCUAUGCCUGUAUUAAACUUCAAUAAAUAAAAUGCACCCUGGAGAGGAGGAAAUGUAAACAAAGCA